AUGUGUCGCAACCCUGAAACGUAUAUCAAAUACAAUAAUCCGUGUAGCAGUGAUACAAAAACGGACAGUCCAUUGUCUUCUAUCACUGGCACGGUCACAAGAGUGUCAUCGGUAGUGGGAGGAGAGGCAAACCUACCUUGCGAUUCACGCCCUCCACAACGUAAUGAUAGCCUGCUCCUUGUGGUGUGGUACAGAGACGACAACCCUGUAUACAGUUAUGACACGAGAGCCUCAGGAUCAACGGGUCACUGGUCAGAUGACACAUUCGGAGAUCGAGCAAGAUGGGUCGGCUUCCCAAGCUACGGUCUCCAUAUCCGUGAUGUCCGGUCUCACGAUAGAUCCAUAUACAGAUGUCGGGUCGACUUCCACGUAUCGCCGACAAGAAAUUAUAGAAUAGCUCUCGAUGUUAUCGAAACAGCUGCUAGCAAUUAA